AUGCGGUCGGAUUUCACCGGUUAUAAACAGUGUAAACAAAAUGCAUUUGUCGGCCUUGGUCUGCCAUCGAUAGUCGUGGACUCGAAGUUGUUGUUGACUGCUGAGAGAAAUCUUAAACAGGACUCGGAUAUCACGAUGGAUCAUUCUACAAAGUUUGCUUGCAAGAAUUGCGGCGAUACAUUUCGUUGGGAAAAGGAGCUGUCGAAACAUCGACGAUUGGAUUGCAAGAAAAAGCCGUACGGUUGCCCUGAGUGUGGUCAGCUCUUGUCCCGACGCGAUUCGUUGAGACAGCAUUUACAACGACAUGGAGGUGGCAGGAAAUAUCCUUGUAAGUUCUGCGAUAAGACGUUCGAUCAGCAACAGAAUUUGAAGGUCCAUCUACGAAUUCAUUCGGGGGAACGUCCGUAUAAAUGCCCGGAAUGUGGACGGCAGUUUAACCAAUCUCAAAACCUAACCACGCAUCUUCGUGUACAUAGUGGCGUCAAGCCUUACGUUUGUAAUAUUUGCGGGGCAACUUUCAGAUUCUGCAGUGGGUACAGGAGUCAUAUGUCCAGAUCACACGAUCCUUCAAAACCUGCCAGGAAACGGGGAAGGAGUAAAGCGAUUGCUUCUCAGAAACAGGAGCUUCCUGAAGCAAAGGUAAAUCAAGUUCAUCGCGUCAGCGUCAUUGCAAGAGUUUCCACGUCGUCAAGCAUGGACGGUUUCAGCUCAAUCCAGAGUGUUCCAUCAAAAGAUACUUGCACUGAGGCCGAGCCUUUAGAAGACAAUAUCGAAAUUCCUUCCCCAUUCAAUGCUGGGCUUCUGGUUCAUUCGGCAAAACCUGUAGUUUCUCCUCCGGUUCCAACUGUACCCGACCUACAAUUCACGUGUCAAUUAUGUAAUCUUGUGACUUUCAAUGAGGCUGACAUUAUACAACAUAUGAUUGUUGUUCAUGGCCUGCCCCUAAAUGAUAUUGCUACAUGA